CUUUUAGGGCUCUUCCAGAGAACGAGACACUCUCUCCGACGAACAGGGCAACAGUGGUCACUGGUACGGUGAGAGAGAGGAGGCCUUCAUUAAAUGCCAUAAAAAAUCCCUCUCUUAGAAGUUUGGAGUAGCGGCCAUCAAGGAGAAUUGGGCUGGAAUUCCUUCCUCUCCUCCGCCGCGAUCUGGAUCUAGGACCGAUUGGCGCCUCUUCCUCCUCCCGAGAAGAAUCUUGCCGCCCAGUCCAUCAACCGGAUUCGCGACAGUGGGAGAGGAUGUGAGGGGGGACAAGGGCGAGCGCCGCGCGGAGAUCGAUCGACCAGGCAAUGUGUGUGCUGUCGAUCCUGAUUGUGCUGCUACUGGGCCGAGUCGAGGCGAGCGUGGGCAGAUCUCCACGUCACCGCCACACCCAUCAAGAAUUCUCGCUUAGGGCUCCUCAUGGCGGGGGAUCGCCAGCGCCAGCUCCGGGCUGCUGCUCGCCGCGGAGCCUGCCCAAGCGCCCGCACAGCGUGUCGAUCACCGAUUUUGGCGCAGUGGGCGACGGCCGGAUCGUCAACACGCUCGCGUUCCAGAAUGCGAUCUUCUACCUCAAAUCCUUCGCGGACAAGGGCGGCGCGCAGCUCUACGUUCCUCGCGGCCGAUGGCUCACCGGGAGCUUCAAUCUUACCAGCCAUCUCACGCUCUUUCUCGAGGAAGGGGCGGUCAUUCUUGGAUCUCAGGAUUUACUGGAAUGGCCAGUUAUCCCUGCGUUGCCGUCGUAUGGACGAGGCCGAGAACUCCCUGGCGGAAGACACAUUAGCUUGAUCCAUGGGAAGAACAUGGUGGACGUGGUUAUCACAGGCGCGAAUGGCACGAUCGAUGGACAAGGCUCAGUGUGGUGGGACUGGUUCCACAACAAGACACUGGAUUUCACGAGAGGCCAUCUGGUGGAGCUCAUUGAUUCCCGGCACAUCACAAUCUCAAACGUUACGUUCAAGAACUCCCCGUUUUGGACUAUCCAUCCGGUUUACUGCAGCGACGUCUUGAUCCAGGACGUGACCAUCUUAGCUCCUCCAUACGCUCCAAACAUCGAUGGAAUAGAUCCCGAUUCAUCGUCGAACGUUUGCAUCCGGGACUGCUACAUUUCCACCGGGGACGAUCUCAUCUCGAUCAAAAGCGGCUGGGACGAGCACGGCAUCAACUACGGCAUGCCGAGCACCAACGUUUGCAUCCACAACGUCUCGGGACAAAGCCCGACGAGCGCCGGAAUCGCGUUUGGCAGCGAGAUGUCUGGCGGGAUCAGCGACGUUUUCAUCAAGAGCGUGAGGGUGGCCAACUCGAGGAGUGGGAUCCGGAUCAAAACAGGCGCCGGGCGGGGCGGCUACAUCACCAACAUCUCCAUCUCGGACCUCCAGCUCGAGAACGUAAGCGUGGCCUUCGACUUCACUGCCUUGUAUGGAGGACACCCCGACGAUGGUUACGAUCCUCGAGCUCUUCCAGUGAUACGAGGAAUCUCCAUCAGGGACGUGGUUGGACACGAGAUCGGCUGGGCCGGGUGCAUGGCCGGACUGGAAGAAGCUCCAUUCCGCGACCUUUGCUUCGCCAACGUCUCCUUGUCGGUGGGAGCUGGAGCGUGGAAUUGCUCCAAUACGUAUGGAUUCUCGGAGAGGGUGGUGCCAUCGCCGUGCUUGGAGCUGGACAGGAAGCAGCAGGACGGUGGCUUUUGCUUUGGAGAGGCGAGUUCGUGCUUCGAAGCUAUCCGGCAGUACGAUUCUUCCUAGGAUCUGGGAGCUGAUUCAUGCGACGGGAGACCACGGAGCGAUCGAACGACCAGCUAGUGAUCGGCUAGAAGAAGAAGAAGAAGAAGAGGAACAAGAAGGAAGAUCAGAGGGGGAGAAAAGCUUCCAGCGGCUUGUGAAUAAUUCUUUAGCGACAGGCAGGGCGCGACGAAGCCUUUUGAUCAUGGGAUGUGAAUAGGCACAGGAGGCAUCGAGAGAGCUUUCUUCUCAAGAAGCUGGCAUUUUUUUUUUCUCUAUUUUUUCUAAAAGUAUGCGUUUGUAGGAAGAGCAUGAACACGCCUAGAGAAAUAAGCCACGAACUAAAUGCAAAGUGAUCUCUUCGUUCUUUAA